CUCCUCUCCCUCUCACCCCCUGUUCCUCUCCCAUUCUUCCCCCCCCGUAUUAUGAUCCAAGCCUGAGGCUCUUCUCUCUUUUCUUCUCCUCUCCUCCUCUCGGUUUCACUUUCAAUUGUACUUCCCUGGGCGACCUGAUAAAAUGGCCGAUAUGAGCGGCGAGCAGAUGCAGGCCAAGAUCACCGCGGCCAGGCGCGAAGCCGAGGGUUUGAAGGACAAGAUCAAGCGCAGAAAGGAUGAGCUGGCCGACUCUUCCCUCCGCCAAGUCGCGCAGGACCAGACCGAUGCCCUACCACGAAUUGGCAUGAAGCCUCGACGGACGCUGAAGGGCCACCUUGCUAAGAUCUACGCUAUGCACUGGUCCACCGACCGCCGCCACCUCGUCUCAGCCUCGCAGGACGGAAAGCUCAUCAUCUGGGAUGCCUACACCACAAACAAAGUUCAUGCGAUUCCCCUCCGCUCCUCGUGGGUUAUGACUUGUGCCUACGCCCCGAGCGGAAACUACGUGGCGUGCGGUGGUCUCGACAAUAUUUGUUCCAUUUACAACCUGUCCUCGCGCGAAGGCCCGACUCGUGUCGCGCGCGAGCUGUCCGGACACUCGGGAUAUCUCUCUUGCUGUCGCUUCAUCAACGACCGCCGCAUCAUUACCUCGUCCGGUGACAUGACCUGUAUGCUGUGGGAUAUCGAGUCCGGAUCCAAGGUGACCGAGUUCGCCGACCACCUCGGUGAUGUGAUGUCGAUCAGUAUCAACCCGACAAACCAGAACAUAUUUGUUUCCGGUGCUUGCGACGCUUUCGCUAAAUUGUGGGAUAUCCGUACCGGCAAGGCCGUUCAGACUUUCGCCGGACACGAGUCCGACAUCAACGCUAUUCAGUUCUUCCCUGAUGGUAACGCCUUUGGUACUGGUUCUGAUGACACUUCUUGCCGUCUGUUCGAUAUCCGUGCCGACCGCGAACUUAACAUCUACCAGAGCGACCAAGUCCUGUGCGGUAUCACCUCCGUUGCUUUCUCCGUCUCUGGCCGGUUACUCUUCGCAGGAUACGACGAUUUCGAGUGCAAGGUAUGGGAUGUUCUCCGCGGUGACAAGGUUGGUUCCUUGAGCGGCCACGACAACCGCGUUAGCUGCCUCGGUGUCAGCAACGAUGGCAUCAGUCUGUGCACUGGAUCUUGGGAUUCUCUCCUCAAGGUCUGGGCCUGGUAAACCAAAAACAAAACGCAAGAUACCCCGUGUCGAUCAUUCUGCAAUGCUCUUCUUCGACUUUUUACUUGAUUCGAUGGCUCGAAUCUCCGCCAUACGAUAAUAAUCAAACGGGGAAUCCCUUAGGACACCCACACACUCGGCGCAGACAUCGGUUGCGAUAGGAAGAGGUGGAGGCGCCUUGGGAGCCUGUCCCGGGCGAACAAACGAUAGCGAUGACACAAUAUUUGUUUGGAUAUGACGAGAGCGCAAGCUGGGUUGUCGGUUGUACAGCGAGAUGAUGUCUGAUGCUUCCGCGACCUGGUUUCUCCAUUUCUCGACUUCUCGAUGCCCUUUCCCCCUUCCCCCGUCUUUUGAAAUUUUUUUAUCCCCCCUUCAGUUCACCUUUUAUUCUCUUCUUGUUCUGGGUUGCCUCAUCGGUCUCGGCAUGUAUUUUCUUGGCGAAGGCAAAGGAGGACCUGGUUGCUGGAUUUUGGCCAUUUCUCGCUGAUUUACCUGUGUCGAUUCCCCUCCCUUCUCCUUUCCCAUUUCUUUUUUCUUUUAACUUUUUCAAUUUUCCUUUUUCAUCGUUUUUUGUCUCUCCUAAAGAAAGAGUCUGCUGUACUUACUGUCUCUUGCGUUGGAAUCUCUUGUCUCCGGGAUUCGUCGGUGUCGGAUUUUUUUUUAUGGUUCGAGCAGCUCCAAUCUCCAUUAGUUCACUUUUUUGCUUCUUGGUUCCUGCUCCAACGGGAGGUGAUGGUCGAUAUGCAGCAUGUUUUUGCCUGGCCUUGGUUAUGUGCGAGCGUGGCGUGAGCAUCAGAGAUAGGACAUGCAUACACACGGUCUUGAUCUUCGGUUGCGGUAAAGUAGAAGAGUAGAGCAGCGCAGAGUGUACCUCCGGAUGUCAGUCAUGUGAGGCCAAGUAUAAAGCU